ACCCCCAGGUUCAGGAGUGGCAGUACAGGAAACAGUUAGCCAAGCGGCAGGAAGAGUGGGCCAAACAGAGACAGCAGUUAAUGGUUAUCUGUGACUAAAACCUGAAUAUUUCUUUACUUCCACAGAACUCCGACAACCCCCAGGUGCAGGAGUGGCUCCAGAAGAAACGGUUAGCCCAGCGGCAGCAGCGGAGAGAGGAGAGAGCCAAACGGAGGCUGAAGUUCCAGAUGAAGAUGGAGGAAAGGGACAUGAAGAUCGCGCGGAUGAUCGAGUCGGAUGAGAAGGUGGACCAGUGGAUGAGGGAGAAGAGGAAGCUGCUGAGGAGGAAGUCCCAGAAGCCCAGGAAAGCUGCCGUGCAGCCGUCAGUGGGGCAACAGGCGGAGACAGAGGAGACCACGCCCCUUAGCAACAGUAACCAGGGGCAACCAGACCUCCCCACCCUGGAGAAACAGGCCAGCCAGCUGGAGGAGAGACUACUGAAGGACCUCGGCACAGAGAAGGGGCAGGGGGACACUGUGCAGCCGGCCAGUGGGAAGGUUGGAAACUCUACCACAUCUCCGUCUGACGGGAAGGUGGCAGGCAUGGACGAUUUUGCGCGCAGGACCGUUCCCAUCCGUCCAGGGAGACUGGAAAAUUCUGCAGGGGUGCAAGCAACGGGAAAGUUGCCCAGCAGACCAACGACUGCCCCACCAAGGAGCAACAGUCCGACAAAGCGACGGGGGAAGAGAUCCGUGCAUCCGAUGUCUGCAAGGAGUGGAGGGUCCGCCAAGGCAUCUGUCGAGACGCCUCGGAGCGUUGGGUCGGGGUUGGAAUCAGCUCGGAGCAUUGGGUCGGGGUCGGAGUCAACUCGUGACCCGAUGAGGAACCUGAGUUAUGACCAGUGGCUGGUGCAGAAGAGGAGAGAGGACCAGCAGAAGAAGAUGCAGGUCCAGAAGGAGGAGGUGGAUCCGGAGCUGCAGAGCAUCAUUCCUGAGCUGGCGCGGCGCAGGGUGGAUCGGGCGACCACAAGGAAGAAGAAACUCGACACCGGCAUCAAACAGAAGCAAAGGGACGAGGACUGCAACAAGAAGGCAGCAGAAAAUCCGGACAACAAACCCAGGUUUGUCUGGCGCUUGAGGGACGACCCCACGCUCGAGCGACCCCCGACGACCCGGCCGGGAUCCAGAAGCCCCAGCCCGGGUAAGAAGUCUCCCUCUCCUCGAAGGCCCGCCAGCCCCUUAAAGGAGCCCGCCUUCUACAGGAGGCAGCGUUUCUCCAGGGAGAAGAUGCAGCAGUUUUCUCAGUCCAUGAACUCGGAGAGGCCAGAACCGCAGGGCAGCGACUGCCCCGACCUCAACAUGCAUGAUAGCAAGGGCCAAUCACAGACCAGCAUUCCCACAGCUGACCAAUCAGGGAAGGGAACUAAUGAAGAAGUUCUUGACCAAUCAGAGGGAAGAACAGCUGACCAAUCAGAGAAGGGAACCACUGAAGAUUUGAUAUUCAUCGACCAAUCACAGUCUAAAACAGUGGACCAAUCAGAGAGUGCAGAUGUCAAGGCAGAUAGCCAAUCGCUGAGUAAGCCAGGUUCUGACCAAUCAGCACCAGCAUGUAAGAAAACUGACCAAUCAGUAAACAGCUUGUUUGCAGCCUUGGGACUCUCGGACGAGAUUGAGGAGGACAUUGACUUUGAAAGCGAAAGUGAUAAUGAGGAGGAGAAAGUGAAGAUGAAGAACGACCGUAAUCUUUCCUCCUCGCAGACCUUCAUAACCACAGCUGUAGAUACUGAUGAUGGCAGCUGUGAGUAGCUUGUGUUUAGCACUCAUGUUUCUGGAGCUGAGGGUUGAGAGAGAAGAUCAUUGCUGUUGUAAGGCACUCAUCUGACUUAAAAUGAUAAUGAAAUAUGCUGAAAAGGGUUGCAAUCCUUACUGAAAGGACAUUCUUUGCCAUUGUUUGUUAUUGUAGUUUUCCGUUAAACUUAGCAAAAACGAAAAGGGAAAUAUCCCCUGUGGAUGCUGUACCUUUUCCACAAGUCAUGAUUUUAUCAGUUAGAUUAUAGUAGAUACUGAUGAUGGCAGCUGUGGGUAGCUUGUGUGGUGUAGUGUUUAGCACUCAUGUUUCUGGAGCUGAAGUUUGUGAGGGUAAAACCUUGCUGUUGUAAGGCACUCAUCUGACUUAUACUGGUGAUGAAAUAUGCAGAAAAGGGUUUCAGUCCUUAUUGAAAGGACAUUCUUAGCCAUUUAUUUUUCCUUUAACUUAGCAAAAGCUUUUUCUGUAAGUUUGUACAUGUCAUUGUAACGACUUGUGGAACUCCUUGGAAUGGAGCUGGAAGCUGCAUGGCAUUUUUGAUAGGUUCUUCUGAUGAAUGUCAUGGAUAGAUUUUUUAGAUGAUUAUCCUUAUAAACUGUACUAUAAGUACAGGCCUUUGAACUUGUUUUUUAAGCCAAUGGAAAUUUAUAAUGUAAGCUCAUACAAUAUAAUGUACAGAUAACCCAUAGAUGAU